UGCUAAAAGAUAAAAGUAAAGGCACAAACCAAGUCAGCUUAUUUAUUUUAAAUUAAGCUGGAGCCCACUUCUUUUCUUUUCCAGCCACCUUCAUUGAGCUCUUUAUCGUCCUUCUUUCGUGCGGAUUCUCCUUCUUGUUCUUCCCUUCAUCCUCCUUUCGUCCUCUCUGACAGACAGUGCCACCAUGGAAACUGGGAGCCCCAGGAAGAUCCAGUUCACUGUCCCCCUGCUGGACACCCACCUGGACCCAGAGGCUGCUGAACAGAUCAGAAGACGCAGACCCACACCUGCCACCUUAGUGGCAUCCAGUGAUCAAUCAUCACCUGAAAUAGAUGAAGAUCGUCUCCCAAACCAGUUAUACAAGGCAGCUUUGCUGAACUCCCCUCGACAGCGGCGAAAAGGGCAAAAAGGAACACCUACGAUGAAAGAGCUGCAGUUCAUGGUAGAGCACCACCUGUACAGGCAGCAGCAGGGAGCUGGAGACGAAUGCUCCUCAGAGAGCUGCCUGUCGGACCGGCCUAGCCCCGACUCUGUUCCCACCGGAGAGGAGCUCCCACACGACGACGAGGCCACUGCAGAGGCCUUUGAGAAACUGCGCUGCCAAAUGGAGGAGUUCUCGAGGGAGAGUCUAUUAGAGGCUGCAGGUGGACUCGAGUGCCCUCUCUCCAAGGAGAAAGAGGAUUGUUCCAGUGUUGCCAAUGUAGCAGAUCCCUCGUCGCAACAAAACUACGCACAAGCAGACACAAAAGCAGGAGCAUCCAGUGCAAGUCAGCCAGCAGAGGAGAAGACAAAGAAGUGCAGCCUGGAGAAAGAGAAAUAGAGCAGUCCUCAGUACAACACAAUGCUGUUCAGUCUGCUCGGUCAGUCCAACACAAUGACAGAAGAUUGUGUCUGCAGAUUCACUCUUUAGAAACAUCAGGGCAUCUAUUAUUCCUCUACAUUCAGGCCUUAGUUACCACCU